UUGACUAGUUUAGCGACGUGGCCUACUGUCAUUUCUAUUUCUGAAAUCGUAUACUGAAAUUGUCGGUGGUCCCACCGGUUAAUGUCCCGAAAAAAUGCUUACUAAAUUUGAAACAAAGUCGGCCAGAGUUAAAGGUCUUUCAUUCCAUCCUAAACGACCAUGGAUUCUCACGAGUUUGCAUAGCGGAGUUAUUCAGCUAUGGGAUUAUCGCAUGUGUGCUCUACUGGAUAAAUUCGACGAGCACGAUGGGCCUGUACGUGGAAUCUGUUUCCAUAGUCAGCAGCCCCUUUUUGUCUCUGGUGGUGAUGAUUACAAAAUCAAGGUCUGGAACUACAAGUUAAGGCGCUGUCAGUUCACGCUGUCUGGCCACAUGGACUAUAUUCGCACCACAGUCUUCCAUCAUGAAUAUCCCUGGAUUUUGAGUGCCUCUGAUGAUCAAACUAUAAGAAUCUGGAACUGGCAGAGCAGAGCAUGUGUUUCUGUUCUAACUGGCCAUAACCACUAUGUUAUGUGUGCCCAGUUUCAUCCUAGUGAAGACCUGAUUGUUUCUGCAUCUUUGGAUCAGACUGUCAGAGUUUGGGAUAUUUCUGGUCUAAGAAAAAAGAAUGUCGCACCGGGUCCUGGAGGACUUGAUGACCACCUACGUAAUCCUGGGGCUACCGACUUAUUCGGUCAAGCCGACGCAGUAGUUCGCCAUGUUUUGGAGGGUCAUGAUCGAGGGGUUAAUUGGGCAGCAUUCCACCCGACACUUCCGUUGGUCAUAUCCGGUGCAGACGAUCGUCAAAUCAAACUAUGGCGAAUGAGCGAAUCUAAGGCAUGGGAAGUCGAUACCUGCCGAGGUCACUACAACAACGUAUCUUGCGUCUUAUUCCACCCUAAACAAGAGUUGAUCCUUUCGAAUUCGGAAGACAAGAGUAUUCGCGUGUGGGAUCUGACGAAGCGAACGUGUCUGAAUACCUUCCGCCGCGAACAUGACCGUUUCUGGGUGAUGGCCGCCCAUCCGACCUUGGGUCUUUUCGCAGCCGGACAUGAUUCCGGAAUGGUGAUCUUCAAACUAGAGCGAGAAAGACCUGCUUACAGUUUGCAUGGCAACCUGCUAUUUUACGUCAAGGAACGUACUCUCCGACGACUCGAUCUUACUACAUCGAAGGAUACUGGUUUGCUGCAACUGAGAGGCAAUGCUCGUACGCCAAUCCAUAGUAUCUCUUACAAUCCGGCCGAGCAAGCCGUUCUCGUGGUCACUCGAGCAGCAAACCUGGAAAAUUCCAUUUACGAGCUAUACUCGGUGCCAGUAGAUGCCGAUUGCCCUCAAGAUGGUGGCGAUGGAAAACGCUCGACGGGUGUAACGGCCAUUUGGGUUGCUCGUAACCGCUUCGCCGUCUUGGACCGCAAUCAUACGAUUGUCAUAAAAAAUGAAAAGAAUGAAGUGAGCAAGAAAAUCCAAACACCCCCGUGUGAUGAAAUCUUCUACGCUGGAACUGGGUGCGUUUUACUUCGUGAUACCGAAGGUCUUACCCUCUUUGAUAUCCAGCAGAAACGAAGUGCCGGACAGGUUAAAAUGACGAAAUGUCGCCAUGUCGUUUGGUCGGCGGACAUGAGUCAUGUGGCGCUCUUGGGAAAGCACGUUUUGACUAUCGCCAAUCGUCGUCUAGAAGUGCUGUGCACCAUCCAGGAAAAUGCAAGACUUAAAUCGGCCACCUGGGAAGAUUCUGGCGUUCUGAUCUACACCACUAGCCAUCAUAUCAAAUAUUCUUUGAUCAACGGCGAUCAUGGCAUCAUCCGCACCCUAGAUCUACCCGUUUAUCUUACACGCGUUAAGGGCAAGGCUAUAUAUUGCCUUGAUCGUGAUGCUCGCCCACGCAUGUUCCAGGUGGACCCCACCGAGUAUUGCUUCAAACUGGCUUUGGUGAACCGAAAAUACGAUGAAGUCUUGCACAUGGUUCGACAUGCCAAACUUGUCGGGCAAUCCAUUAUCGCCUAUUUACAGCAAAAAGGUUAUCCGGAAGUUGCGCUUCAUUUCGUCAAAGAUGAAAAAACUCGUCUGGCUUUGGCUCUUCAGUGUGGCAACAUUGAAGCAGCUCUUGAGGCUGCCAAAGCGCUUGACGACAAAUAUUGUUGGGAGAAACUUGGCGAAGCUGCCCUUUUACAAGGCAACCACCAAGUCGUGGAGAUGUGCUAUCAACGUACCAAAAACUUUAAUAAGCUAGCCUUCUUGUAUUUGAUCACCGGCAACCUCGAUAAACUGAAGAAAAUGAUGAAGAUUGCCGAAAUCCGCAAGGACACUUCGGGUCAAUAUCAGUCGGCUCUUUUGCUCGGUGAUAUGCAAGAACGAGUUAAGGUCCUUCGUAAUUGCGGACAGACUAGCUUGGCUUUCCUGACCGCGGCCACCCACGGCCUUAAUGAGGAAGCCGAGCAGCUACAGCAACAACUUGAAGCAGCCGGGCAACCAGUACCAAAAACAAAUCCAUCUGCUGUUUUCUUGCAACCUCCUCCUCCAAUUGCCCAGGCGGAAUCCAACUGGCCCUUGCUGACCGUCUCUAAGGGAUUUUUCGAUGGAGCCAUGGCUGCCCGUACGAUUGCCUCAGGAUCCGCCAUUGUAGCAGAAGAAGACACUGGUGAGCCUGACGGCUGGGGUGAUGACGCUGAUCUUGGUUUGGACGAUGAGGAUAAACCAGCAGGAUCUGCUGGCGACGUCGGGAGCGGAGAUGAAGAAGGCGGCUGGGAAGUGGGCGACGAAGAUUUGGAGCUUCCGUCUGAUUUGAGUGUUGCUGCUCAUGGCGGGGAAGAUGAAGACCGUGGAUACUAUGUGCCACCUACCCGGGGUCAACCGCCUAUGCAGGGAUGGGCAACUCACUCGCAGUUGGUUGUUGAUCACGCUUCGGCUGGCUCCUACGAAUCUGCUUUCCGUCUCCUCAACGACCAGAUUGGUGUGGUCAAUUUUGCGCCAUUUAAGCCUCUAUUUACCGCAGCCUUCGCCAAAUCACGAACUAUGUUUGCUGGAUUACCCAAUCUACCUUCCUUGUCGGCAUACCCACAGCGUAACUGGAGGGAAGUUGCUGCUUCAUCGAAAGUUCACGGAUUACCUGCCCUAGGUGUUCGCCUGGCUGAUCUAGCUCAAAGGCUUCAGAUCUGCUACCAACUGACUACUGCGGGUAAAUUCAACGAGGCCGUUGACCGAUUCCGUCUCCUUUUGUUGAACGUCCCGCUGUUGGUGGUCGACAACAAAGAAGAAGUUCGCAAAGCCCAGGAAUUAAUAUCCAUCUGCCGGGAGUACAUUGUCGGCCUCAGCAUGGAAGCCGCUCGGAAAGAUUUGCCCAAGGAGAGUUUAGAGGAUCAAAAGCGUAGCUGUGAAAUGGCGGCUUAUUUCACCCACUCGGAACUGCAGCCUAUCCAUCAGAUUCUUACUCUGAGAACGGCGCUUAAUCUUAGUUUCAAACUCAAGAACUUUCGCACAGCGGCUUCCUUUGCCCGUCGCCUGCUGGAACUUGGACCUAAGCCCGAAGUAGCCCAACAGACACGCAAAAUACUACAGGCUUGCGACAAAGGUGCAAACGACGAAGUUCAACUUCAUUACGAUGAGCACAACCCAUUCAAUUUGUGUGCCAAAACUUACACACCAAUCUACCGCGGCAAGCCGGAAGAAAAGUGCCCGCUUUGCAGUUCAGUCUACCAGCCUUCAUUAAAGGGAACUCUUUGUCAAGUUUGCACUGUUGCUGAAAUUGGAAAGGAUUGCAUCGGCUUGCGAAUAAGCACCUCCCAAUUCCGAUAGGCGACCAUCCCGUUAAUUCCAAAAAAAUUUCUGCUGGCCCAGCCCCAGUAUUUUGAUUAACAAUUUGUUAUUUUCAGUUUGAUUUUCGCGAUGUUGGUUUGUUAACUUUUGGGGAACUAGAAUCAAAUACCAGAAAUGCCUGGAGAUUCAGUAUAAUUUAAGUAUAAACCAUAAAAAUAACUUCUAAAUGUAA